UCCUAGUCGGUGACGGAUCGAGAAGCUUCCGGUGACAAAAGCGAGCGAGCGGGUAGAGAGAUGGCGAUGAUUGUGGAUGGUGCUACGGUGGGAAGAAGCCCUGAGCUCUCGCCGGUGGCACCGCUUGCUCCGGUGACCAUGGACCGCCCAGUGCGGACUGAUUUGGAAAAUUCAAUUCCCAAGCCCUAUAUGGCGAGAGGGCUGGUUGCAGCCGACAUGGAUCAUCCGUACGGAACUCCCGGGCACAUGCAUCAUAAUUUGAGCGUGCUGCAGCAACACUGUGCUUUCUUUGAUCAGAACGAUGACGGAAUAAUCUAUCCAUGGGAGACUUAUGCUGGCCUACGCCAAGUUGGGUUCAAUAUGUUUGCGUCUCUUUUAUUGGCCAUUUUUAUUAAUGUGGGUUUGAGCUAUCCCACCCUCCCGGGUUGGAUUCCUUCUCCUUUGUUCCCUAUAUACCUGUACAAUGUCCAUAGGGCGAAGCAUGGAAGCGAUUCUGGAACUUAUGACAACGAAGGAAGGUAUUCUCCGGUGAAUUUCGAGAACAUGUUCAGCAAGUAUGCACGGACAUUCCCCGACAAGCUUACUUUGCGGGAGCUGUGGCAGAUGACGGAAGGCAAUAGAGAUGCAUUUGAUAUCUUUGGCUGGAUUGCAAACAAGGGGGAAUGGGCUAUUCUGUAUGUCCUUGCUCGGGAUGAAGGCGGCUGUCUCCCGAAAGAGGCCAUCCGGCGCUGCUACGAUGGUAGUCUGUUCGAGUACUGUGCCAAGAUGCAAAGAAUGCCCCAGGGGAAGAUGUAUUAAUUAAACUAAACUAAUUGGUUUGUUGCUUUAGUUAGUUUUGCAUUUGGAGGUAUAUACGUUGCUUCUGUAGAGAAUGAGAAUAUAUAGCAUUUACCACUAGCUUCUUCUGUAACGAGGAAUGCUAUACUAUGCUAUAUAUAUAUGCUAUGAUAUUAUAUGCAAAGAUGGUUGGUUACGUUGUUCAGGACCGAAUAAUUAAUAUAAUUGCUUCUCACCCUUAGCUUAAAUUGCUUUCAA